UCUUGGGACGCUCGGAGGCGACGAGCCCCGCCCCGUCUUGGACCGCGGAAAAGGAGCCGCAGACGCUGAGGGCGGCACAGGAGGAGCUGGGGGUCGGGCCUACCGUAGGCACUUCCGGCCACGGGAAGACCGCGUUCCGUACGACAACAUGUCGGUGCUUAGCAGGAAUUCCGAAUUCCCCACUUCCUCCCUCCGGGGGAUUUGAUUCCCCAUGGCCACCGCUAACAGCAUCAUCGUGCUGGAUGAUGAUGAUGAAGAUGAAGCAGCUGCUCAGCCAGGGCCCUCCCACCCACUCCCCACUCCGGCCUCACCCAGGGCAGGAGCCCCUGGCUCCUCCGAGCCCCAUGGGGCUGGAGGAAGCAGUAGUUCGGGCGGCAAGAAAUGCUACAAGUUGGAGAAUGAGAAGCUGUUUAAAGAGUUCCUUGAACUGUGUAAGACGCAGACGGCUGAUCACCCUGAGGUGGUCCCUUUCCUCUAUAACCGGCAGCAGCGUGCCCACCCUCUGUUUUUGGCCUCCGCGGAGUUCUGCAACAUCCUUUCUCGGGUCCUAUCUCGAGCCCGGAGCCGGCCAGCUAAGCUCUACGUCUACAUCAAUGAGCUCUGCACUGUUCUCAAGGCCCAUUCAGCCAAGAAGAAACUGAACCUGGCCCCUGCUGCCACCUCCAGUGAGCCCUCUGGGGAUAAUCCUCCCACAGGCCCCUCCUCAGACCCCACAGAUGCUGAAACCUCUGCCUCUGAGGCUCCAAGGACCCGUGGUUCCCGGCGGCAGAUCCAGCGCAUGGAGCAGCUACUGGCGUUGUAUGUGGCCGAGAUCCGGCGGCUGCAGGAAAAGGAGUUGGAUCUUUCAGAGCUGGAUGACCCAGACUCCACAUACCUGCAGGAGGCACGGUUGAAGCGUAAGCUGAUCAGACUUUUUGGGCGUCUGUGUGAGCUGAAAGACUGCUCUUCCUUGACCGGCCGUGUCAUAGAGCAGCGCAUCCCCUACCGAGGCACCCGUUACCCAGAGGUUAACAGGCGCAUUGAGCGGCUCAUCAACAAACCAGGGCCGGAUACUUUCCCUGACUAUGGAGAUGUACUGCGAGCUGUAGAAAAGGCAGCUGCUCGCCAUAGUCUCGGCCUUCCCCGACAGCAGCUCCAGCUCAUGGCUCAGGAUGCCUUCCGAGAUGUGGGCAUCAGGCUACAGGAGCGACGCCAUCUGGAUCUCAUCUACAACUUUGGCUGCCACCUCACAGAUGACUACAGGCCAGGCAUCGAUCCUGCAUUAUCAGACCCCAUCUUGGCCCGGCGCCUUCGGGAAAACCGGGAUUUGGCCAUGAGUCGGCUGGACGAGGUCAUCUCCAAAUAUGCAAUGAUGCAGGACAAAAGUGAAGAGAGCGAGAGACAGAAGAGAAAGGUCCGGCCUGCCCCAGGCUCCUGUUCCCACUCUGCAGACCCCCCCAAAGCCUCCUUGGAUUCUGGUGAGGGCCCUAGUGGCAUCGCAUCCCAGGAAUGCUCUACCACUUCCAAGGCUGAGACGGAUGAUGAUGAAGAUGAGGAAAGUGAUGAGGAGGAAGAGGAGGAGGAGGAGGAGGAGGAAGAGGAGACCACAGAUUCUGAAGAAGAGGAGGAUCUGGAACAGAUUCCAGAGGAUCAGGAGGAAGAUGAGGAGGAGGAGGAAGAAGCAGGCAAAGAUGGAGGCAAGAUCCCCAUAUCCUCACCACAGUGCUCCACUGAGAAGAACCUAGAACCUGGCAAAGGGAUCAGCAGGUCUUUAGAGGAGCAGCCAAACAAAGGACUCAGAGUGUCUCCAUCUUCACUGUCAGAAGAGCCCCUCGCCCCCUCUAACAUAGAUGCUGAAAGCAGUGGAGAAAGGCCUGAGGAGUUGCACCUGGAGGAAGAGAGUCCUAAGUCUCAGCUCUUUGAGCUGGAGAUUGAAGCCUUGCCCCUGGAUACUACCCCUUCUCCUGAGGAGAGGGAUGUUUCUUCUUCCAAGAAGCAAUCAGAGGACCCCCUCAGCACUGUCUUGGAGAAUGGGGCAGCCAUGGUCACCUCCACUUCCUUCAAUGGAGGUGUGUCUCCUCACACCUGGGGAAAUUCUAGUCCUCCCUGCAAGAGAUCUCGGAAGGAGAAGCAGCAGACAGGAUCAGGGCCAUUAGAAAACAGGCAAAGGGCAGUACAUGAGAAGAAUGAAAAGAGGAUACGCACCCUGCCCAGCCCACCUUCCCCCUUGGCUUCCAUGGCCCCGGUUGCUGAUUCCUCAACAAGGGUGGACUCUCCCAGCCAUGGUCUGGUGACCAGCUCCUUCUGUGGCCGUUCUCCAGCCCGGCUGCCCCAAGCCCUCAAAUCACAACCUUCCCAGCCUAGUACCUACAAGAUGAGUGUGGCCACACAGUGCGAUCCGGAGGAGAUCAUCGUGCUCUCAGACUCUGAUUAGCUGCCGCCUUCUCUCCCUGCCUCCAAAAUGUCUUGGGAUAGCAUUUGGAGGAUAGUGGAAAGCAAAUGACUGAGGAAGGGAUGAACUGAGUUAAUUCCCUUUUGGUGGUGUUUCUUUAAAAAAAAAAUUUAAAAAAAGCUUAAGUUUUACACAGAAACAAAAAACAAUAAAGUUCUUUUCUUAUUGUA